AUGAUUAGCGCGGACGACGUACAGGAUAAAGUGCAGACGCCCUCUUUGGCGACCGAUCUACUGACGGAGGUGGCAUCGGCGGUGACAGCAGACGACGUGGAUCUGUUUGCCGGGUCGUCCAAGAACUACGAUCUUUGCGACCCACACGAAAGACGGAUUCAAAGGAUUUGCAAGACAAUCAUACGCCGAGACCGCAAUAAUAAGAAACUUAACACGUGA